AUGGCCUGGGGACCCCCAUCUCGUCUCCUGCUGGCCUGCGUGGUCCUGUUGUGUAUGACAGAUGGUCAAGGUCGCUGGCAUGGAGCCGUGGAGCCUGUAGGUCCUGGACGUGUGCGGAGGCGAGGUGGCCCUGGCUUUCUCCUGCAGGGGCCCAAUAUAUGUGGUUCCCACUUUCAUGCCUACUGCUGCCCUGGCUGGAGGACGCUGCCCGGAGGGAACCGUUGUAUCGUGCCCAUCUGCCGACACCCUUGUGGCCAAGGCUUUUGCUCUCAGCCCAACCUGUGCACCUGUGUGGAUGGAACCCUGGCCCCGAGCUGUGGGGUGAGCCCAGAGUUGGGGUGCAGCGUGAGCUGUAUGAACGGCGGCAGCUGCCGAGGGGCAUCCUGUCUGUGCCAGAGGGGUUACAGGGGCACUGUGUGCGGGCAGCCCAUCUGUGACCCUAGCUGUCAAAAUGGAGGUCGCUGCAUUGGGCCCAACCUCUGUGCAUGUGUGUAUGGCUUUUUGGGGUCCCACUGUGAGACAGACUACCGGACAGGGCCGUGCUUCAGCCAAGUGGGCCCCAAGGGGUGCCAGCACCAGCCAAGGGGCCUCACGUUCACCAAGGCGCUCUGUUGUGCCACUGUGGGUCACGCCUGGGGCCUUCCUUGUGAGCCCUGCCCCGCACAGCCACACCCCUGCCGUCGAGGCUUCAUCCCCAGUGUCCGCACGGGAGCCUGUCAAGACGUGGACGAGUGCCGGACCAUCCCAGGGCUGUGCCAGGGCGGUAGCUGCACCAACACCGUGGGCUCCUUCAAAUGUCGCUGUCCCGUUGGACACCGGCUCAGUGCCAGUGGUGUCACGUGUGAAGAUCGUCGCCUGGGCACUUGCUUCUCGGUCCUGAUCAGUGGCCACUGUGCUGCAGCCCUGGGGGGCCGCUAUCCACGCAGGCAGUGCUGCUGUGAUCUGGGAAGAUGCUGGGCUGCCAGCCUGGCUCUGGAGCUGUGUCCUUCUCCGGGAUCUGAUGAGUUCCGGCGACUGUGUAAUCAGGGACAAGCGAGGCUGCCUUCCUACCCUAGCCUUUUCCCCGGCCUCCCAGGCUUCAGAUCCAGUGGCACAGAACCAGCACGGCCCAGCCCACCUGGCUCCAGUGGGCCUGGGGUCCCUAGCCUGGGUCCUGGAAAUCCCAACAUCGGCACAGCCACACUGAACCAGACCAUGGACAUCUGCCACCACUUCCCCAACCUGUGUCGCAAUGGCCGCUGCCUGCCCACGCAUACGAGCUACCGCUGUGAAUGUAACCCGGGCUACAGCCAGGAUGCACAGGGCGAAUGCCUGGAUGUGGACGAAUGCACCAGCAGAACCUGCCAUCAUGGAGACUGUGUCAACACCCCUGGCUCUUACCACUGCCAGUGCCAUGAGGGUUUCCAGGCUUCCCAAACCAGGCAGGCGUGUGUGGAUACGGAUGAGUGCAUGGUCCUCGGUGGUCUCUGCCACCCGGGCCACUGCAUUAAUACCGAAGGGAGCUUCCAGUGUGUCUGCAGUGCCGGCUUUAAGCCGAGCCCUGAUGGCAGGAAGUGUGUGGAUCACAAUGAGUGUGCCACCAGCACCAUGUGCCUCAAUGGCAUGUGCAUCAAUGAAGAUGGCAGCUUCAUGUGUCUCUGCAAGCCGGGCUUCACGCUGGCACCUGGUGGUCAGUACUGUAUGGACAUUGACGAGUGCCAGACGCCAGGCAUUUGCGGGGGGACCAGCGGCUGCACCAACACUCAGGGCUCCUUCCACUGCGGGUGCCUGGGGCCGCGGGCAGGGGGCAUGGGCAGCCCCACAUGCGUGGACUCCCAGGUGCACGGCAGGUGCUUCGGGGCUGCCCAGCCUGGCCUCUGCUCCCGGCCCUUGCCGGGCACCAUGACCAAGGCUGAGUGCUGCUGUGCCAGCCCUGAUCAUGGGUUUGGGGACCCCUGUCUGCUCUGUCCUGCCAAGAACUCUGCCGAGUUCCAGGCCCUGUGCCCGGGCGGACGUGGCAUCUUGGCGGAUGGGCAAGACAUCAACGAGUGUGCCCUGGACCCCGAGGUGUGCAGCAAUGGCGUGUGCGAGAACCUUCGGGGCAGCUACCGGUGCAUCUGCAACUUGGGCUACCAGGUGGAUGCCUCGAGCUGGGACUGCGUGGGUGAAUGGGAUGAGUGUGCCCUCAACCCUCUCCUGUGUGACAAUGGGCUGUGCCAGAGUAGCCCGGGAAGCUAUAGCUGCUCCUGCCCCAGGGGCUUCAGCUUCUCAGACACAAAGACCUGUGAAGACAUAAAUGAGUGCCUGUCUAGCCCGUGUGUGAAUGGCAUAUGCCGGAACUUGGAGGGCUCCUAUGCGUGUGAAUGUGCCCCUGGCAUGCAGCUGGGUUCUUCUGGAACAGUGUGUGUAGACAGCACCAAAGGCACCUGCUGGCUGCACACCCAGGACGGCCAAUGUGAGGUGAACCUACCAGGCCCAACUCUGCGUUCUGAAUGCUGUGCCACCCUGGGGGUCGCCUGGGGGAGCCCCUGCGAGCCCUGUGAGACUGAUCACACCUGUGCACGUGGCUUUGCCCGUGUGAAGGAUCUUACCUGUGAAGAUGUAAACGAAUGUGACUCCUUCCCUGGCGUGUGUCCUAAUGGGCAGUGCUUCAACACCAAAGGCUCCUUCCGCUGCCAGUGUCUCCAGGGCCUGACACUGGACACCUCUGGCCGGCUAUGUGUGGAUAUGAGGCUGGAGCCAUGUUUCCUGCAAUGGGACAAAGAGGACUGUGAGGUUCCCCUGCCUGGCAAGUAUCGGAUGGAUGUUUGCUGCUGCUCCAUCGGGGCCUCAUGGGGAGCUGAGCGUGAAGCCUGCCCAGAACCUGACUCCCCGGAGUUUGCCAGCCUGUGUCCCCGAGGGCCAGGCUUUGCCAGCCAGGACUUCCUCUCUGGCCAGCCCUUCUAUAAAGAUGUGAACGAGUGUAAGGUUUUCCCGGGGCUCUGUGUACAUGGCACCUGCCGUAACUCUGUGGGCAGCUUCCGGUGCUCCUGUGCUGAGGGCUUUGCCCUGGACCCUCAGGAGAGGAACUGCACAGACAUCGAUGAAUGCCUCAUCUCCCCUGAUCUCUGCGGCCAGGGCGUCUGCGUCAACACCCUAGGCAGCUUUGAGUGCGAGUGUUUUCCGGGCUACACAAGUGGCUUCAUGCUCAUGAAGAACUGCAUGGACGUGGAUGAGUGUGCGAGGGACCCGCUGCUGUGCCAUGGAGGCAGCUGUACCAACACUGAGGGGAGCUUCGAAUGCCGCUGUCCCCCAGGACACAAGCUGACAGCCCAGGGCACUGCCUGUGAGGACGUCGACGAGUGUGCCCUGCGGGACGGUCUGUGUCUUCAUGGCCAGUGUGUCAACCUCAUCGGCACCUUCCGCUGUGUCUGCCACUCGGGCUUCCAGGUCACGCCUGAGCACCAAGGCUGCCAGGACAUUGAUGAGUGCCGGGUGGGGAAUGGUGGCUGCGAGGCGCACUGCGUGAACACUGAGGGCAGCUUCCAGUGCAGCUGUGGACAGGGCUACGUGCUGAGGCCCGACGGGAGGGCAUGCGCGGAUGUGGACGAGUGUGAGGAAAACCCGGCCGUCUGUGGCCAAGGCCGGUGCACCAACGAGCCCGGUGGACACCGCUGCCAGUGUUACGAGGGUUUCACGGCUGCACCUGACGCGAAGACCUGUGUGGAUGUGAAUGAGUGUGACUUGAACCCUCACAUCUGUCUCCAUGGGAACUGUGAGAAUACAAAAGGAUCUUUUGUCUGCCACUGCCAGCUGGGCUACAUCGUCAGGAAGGGGGCCACUAGCUGCUCUGACCUAGAUGAAUGUGAGCUGGGCCAGCACAGUUGUGACAGCCAUGCCUCCUGCCUUAACACCCCUGGGAGUUUCAGCUGCAGGUGUCAUCCAGGCUGGGUGGGGGAUGGCUUCAAAUGCCAUGACAUGGAUGAAUGUACCACCCCAGAACAUCACUGCAGCCCCAGAGCUGACUGUCUCAAUAUCCCGGGGAGUUACCGCUGUGCCUGCCGCCCUGGAUUUGCUGGGGAUGGAUUCUCCUGUGAAGAUAGGGAUGAAUGCGCAGAGGACAUGGAUCUUUGUGAGAAUGGCCACUGCCUCAAUAUCCCCGGCGGGUACUACUGUGAGUGUGAGAUGGGUUUCACUCCUACUGGGGACCAUGGAGCCUGCCAGGAUGUGGAUGAGUGUGCACUUGAGACACUGUGUGUGCCUGGGAGCUGUGAGAAUCUGCCAGGCAUGUUCCGCUGCCUCUGUGAGGAUGGCUAUGAGCUGGACCAUGGUGGCAGUCACUGCACAGACAUCAAUGAGUGUGCAGCCCCUGUGAACUGCAUCAACGGACAAUGCAUCAACAUUCCCGGCAGCUAUCUCUGCAACUGCCCCCAGGAUUUCGAGCUGAACCCCAGUGGGGUAGGCUGUGUGGACACCCGGGCUGAGAACUGUUUCCUGGAAAUGCACAGCCGAGGGGAUGGAGGUGUUUCCUGCAGUGCUGAGGUUGGAGUUGGGGUCACCCGAGCCUCCUGCUGUUGCUCCCUGGGCCGGGCCUGGGGCAACCCCUGUGAAUUGUGUCCAAUGGGAAACACAAGUGAGUACAGAACCCUGUGCCCGGGUGGUGAGGGCUUCCGACCCAACCCCAAUACUGUUAUUCUGGAAGACAUUGAUGAAUGCCAGGAACUGUCUGGGCUGUGUCAGGGAGGCAACUGUGCCAAUACUUUUGGCAGCUUCCAAUGUGAGUGCCCGCAUGGGUACCAACUCAGUGGGGACACCCGCAUCUGCGAGGAUAUUGAUGAGUGUGCCACACAAUUGGGUAUAUGUGGCCCAGGCACAUGCUACAACACCUUGGGAAACUACACCUGCAUCUGCCCUGCAGAGUACCUGCAAGUUAAUGGCGGCAACAAUUGCAUGGAUAUGAGAAAGAGCAUGUGCUUUCGCUAUUAUAAUGGCACCUGUAGGCACGAGCUGGCCUUCAACAUCACUCAGAAGAUGUGCUGCUGUUCCUACAACAUCGGCCAGGCAUGGAACAGACCUUGUGAAGCCUGCCCCACACCUGCUAGCUCUGACUACCAGGUCUUGUGUGGGAGCCAAGUCCCUGGCUUCAUCACUGACAUGCACACUGGAAGGCCCCGCGAUAUUGAUGAGUGCAGGGAAAUCCCAGCCAUCUGUACCCAUGGCGUCUGCAUCAACCAGGCCGGGAACUUCUACUGCGAGUGCCCUGUGGGCUUCCAGUACCACAGCAACUUGCUGGCCUGUGAAGAUGUGGAUGAGUGUGGUACCACAGAGAGUCCCUGUGGGAGGAAAGAAUCCUGUGUCAACAUCCCAGGCAGCUACCGCUGUGAGUGUGCCCAAGGAUUCACACUGUCGCCCAGAGGAGUCUGCGUGGGUAGGAAUGAGUGCCAGGAGAUCAUGAAUGUCUGUGGUCGUGGUAACUGCGUGGACAUGGAGGGCAGCUACAUGUUCCUCUGUCACCAUGGUUUCCGGGCCUCAGCAGACCAGACCCUGUGCAUGGACCUUGAUGAAUGUGACUGGUGGCCAUAUGGGAAUGGAACCUGCAAGAAUACCAUUGGCUCCUAUAGCUGCCUCUGCUUUCCAGGCUUUGCAGCUUCACACAAUGGGGACUGUGUGGAUACUGAUGAGUGUACCAUCUUGGUGGGGCAGGUGUGCCAGUUUGGCCAGUGCCUCAACAUAGCUGGCUCCUUCCUCUGUAUCUGCCAGGAUGGCUUCGAACUCACAGCCGAUGGGAGGAAUUGUGUGGACACCAACGAAUGUGUGACCCUUUCAGAAUCCUGCCUGCCAGGCAUCUGCCAGAACCUUGAGGGCUCCUUCCGCUGCAACUGCCCCCCGGGGUACCAGGUGCAGAGGGAGCAUUGUGUGGAUAUUGAUGAAUGCUUGGAUGAGCCUAACAUCUGCCCCUUUGGGACCUGUAUCAACAGUCCUGGGAGCUUCACAUGCCUCUGCCUACCUGGCUUUGUCCCUUCUGAAAAUGGGCACCGUUGCUUUGACACACGACAGAGUUUCUGCUUCACCCGUUUUGAGGCUGGAAAGUGCUUGGUGCCCAAGGCAUUCAACAACACCAAGAGCCGAUGCUGCUGCAGCAAGAGGCCUGGGGAGGGCUGGGGUGACCCCUGUGAGCUGUGUCCCCAGGAGGGCAGUGCUGCUUUCCAGGAGCUGUGUCCCUUUGGCCAUGGAGCAGUGCCAGGCCCCGAUGACUCCAGAGAAGAUGUGAACGAGUGUGCAGAGAACCCUGGCAUCUGUGCGAAUGGCCUCUGUGUCAACAUGGAUGGUUCCUUCCGCUGCGAGUGUUCCUUCGGCUACAGCCUGGACUUCACUGGCAUCAGCUGCGUGGACACAGAUGAAUGCUCCCUCGGUCACCCUUGUGGGGAAGGCACUUGUACCAAUGUCAUCGGAGGCUUCGAGUGUGCCUGUGCUGAUGGCUUUGAGCCUGGUCCCAUGACAAUCUGUGAGGACAUUGAUGAAUGUUCCCUGAACCCUCUGCUCUGUGCCUUCCGCUGUCUCAACAUAGAGGGCUCCUACCUGUGCACCUGCCCAGCUGGCUACGCCCUGCGGGAGGAUAGGGCUACAUGCAGAGAUAUAGAUGAGUGUGCAGAGGGACUGCAGGAUUGCCACGCUCGAAGCAUGCUGUGCAAGAAUGCCAUCGGCACCUUUACAUGUGUCUGUCCUCCAGGAAUGAGGCUCCAGUCUGGAUCUAGAGAUGGCUGUACAGAUGAGGAUGAAUGCCAGGAGCAGCCCAGCCUCUGUGCCCCCGGCCGCUGCAUUAACACAAUGGGCAGCUUCCACUGUGAAUGUGACCAGGGUUUCCAGCCCAGCCCUGCCCUCACUGAGUGCCAAGACACUCGGCAGGGGCUCUGCUUCACCGAGGUGCUGCAGGCUGUGUGCCAGGUUCGGUCAGGCAGCGAUGAGACUGUACCCUGGGCUGUGUGCUGCUGCGGGGGUGGUCGGGGCUGGGGGCCUCAGUGCGAGCCCUGCCCCCUGCGUGGCACCUCUACUUUCUGGAAGCUGUGCCCCCAUGGCUCAGGCUACACCACCGAGGGACGAGAUGUGGAUGAGUGCCGUGUGCUUACUCACCUGUGUUUCCAUGGCGAGUGCAUUAACACCGUUGGCUCUUUCCACUGCCACUGCCAAGCUGGGUACACACCAGAUGCUGCUGCCACUGCCUGUGUGGAUGUGGAUGAGUGCAGCCAGGACCCCAAGCCCUGCCCCUUCCUCUGCAAAAACACAGAUGGCAGCUUCUUGUGUGCCUGUCCCCGCGGCUACCGGCUAGAGGAAGAUGGCAGGACAUGCAGAGAUCUGGACGAGUGCUCCUCCAGGCACCACAACUGCCAGUUCAUCUGUGUCAACACCAUCGGUACCUUCUCCUGUCGCUGUCCCCCUGGCUUCACUCAGCGCCACCAGGCUUGCUUCGACAAUGACGAGUGCUCUGCCCAACCUGGCCCAUGUGGCACCCAAGGCCGCUGCCACAACAGCCCAGGCAACUUCCACUGUGAGUGCUACCAAGGCUUCACCCUGGACAGCUCUGGCCGCAGCUGUGAAGAUAUAGAUGAAUGUGAUGGGCCCCAUAGCUGUCACGAUGGCUGUCAGAAUGAGCUGGGGGGGUAUCGCUGCAAUUGCCCCCAGCACUCUCAGUGGGCCCAGUAUGUGGAUGAAAAUGAGUGUGCAUUAUUACCUAUGGCCUGUGGCAGUGCCUCCUGCCACAACACACUUGGUGGCUUCCACUGUGUCUGUCCUUCUGGCUUCGACUUCAACCAGGCCCUUGGGGGCUGCCAGGAUGUGGACGAAUGUGCUGGACAAGACAGCCCCUGCAGCUAUGGCUGUGCUAACACAGCUGGUGGCUUUCUAUGCGGCUGUCCCCAAGGAUACUUCCGGGCUGGGCAGGGGCAUUGUGUCUCCAGCCUGGGCUUCGGCCAUGAAAGCUCAUAUGAGAACAAGGCACUUUCAUCUGAAACCUGCUAUGAAUGCAGCAUCAACAGCCUCUCCCCUCAGGACCGGCCACAGCGCAGCCCUCGUCACCACCAGGUCAGCUUAGCCACCUUUGACACAGAAGUCCAUCUGACCUUGAGCCUGAAUCUCUCCCGCCUGGGCCAGGCCCAGCAUAUUCUGGGGCUGCAGCCAGCUUUGGAGGGGCUGGCAGGGCGGGUCCGUUACAUCAUCUCCCAUGGCAACCAGCAAGGUUUCUUCCGCAUGCAGCACCAGGGAAUCCUCAGUUACCUGCAAUUGGGGCGCCGGAGGCCCCAGCCCGGGAUGUACCAGCUGGAGGUAGUGAGCGUGCCAGGGCCCCAGGGUGCCUGGCCAGGACCAGUAGGCCAGGCAUUGCGGCUACAAGUACGGUUGCAGCUACUCUAG